AAGGGUGGUUCUGGGAUUUGUAUUCAAAGUAAAUUAUAUACAUAAGUAGAAGAAGAAAAAUGACAAAGUGGAAGAAGAAGCAAAAGUCUCAUAUUACGGAAAAUAGCACGAAUAAACUCAAACCAAGAAAUAAAAAGAGCAUGGUAAACAAAUCAAAAUGGAAAACUAAAUCUAACUCUAAGGAGAAAAGUAACAGACUGGAUGGGAAAUUAAACAAAAAUGAGAAGAAAACAUUCAGUAAAAAACGCUCUCACGGUGAAGAGGAGGAGGAUAUAGAAGUUGUUGGCAAUAAACAGCAGAAACAAAUUCAUGUUCAGGAUGAGGAAAGCUCCGAAUCAGAUUCAGAGUUGGAAAUGCAAGACACUAGGAAAUGGAUGACAGAACAGAACAGAAAAAAGAAGAAGUCUGGAGGAUUUCAGUCAAUGGGUCUGUCCCACUCAGUUUACAAGGGUAUUAUGAGAAAGGGGUACAAAAUACCGACCCCUAUACAGAGAAAGACUAUUCCAUUAAUCAUGGAGGGGAAAGAUGUGGUUGCCAUGGCUAGAACAGGAAGUGGAAAAACUGCAGCCUUCCUAAUUCCGAUGUUUGAGAAACUCAAAAUCCACACAGCAAAAUCAGGAGCCCGAGCUCUCAUAUUAUCCCCAACCAGAGAAUUAGCACUACAGACUCUAAAAUUUACAAAAGAGCUAGGGAAAUACACAGGACUGAGGGCCGCUGUGGUUCUUGGAGGAGAUAAGAUGGAUGACCAGUUUGCUGCACUGCAUGAAAAUCCUGAUAUAGUCAUAGCCACACCUGGUCGUCUGUUACAUGUUUUGGUUGAGAUGGAGAAGAAACUCAAGUCUGUGGAGUAUGUGGUAUUUGAUGAAGCAGACAGGUUGUUUGAGAUGGGCUUUCAGGAACAGCUGAAUGAGAUCAUCCACAGACUACCAGAGUCCAGACAAACAGUGUUGUUCUCGGCUACAUUACCUAAGCUACUGGUAGAGUUUGCUAAAGCUGGCCUUCAUGAUCCCACACUACUCAGACUAGAUGUAGAAACCAAACUCAGUGAGCAGCUAAAGCAAUCUUUCUUCCGCUGUCGUGAAGAGGAUAAACCAGCGAUACUGUUGUACAUACUUAAACAUCUCAUCGACCCAGAGCAACAGUCUGUUGUAUUUGCUGCAACCAAACAUCAUGUGGAGUACCUACAUAUGAUUUUGUCCUGUGCUGGAAUUAGUUCCACCUAUAUAUACAGCUCAUUAGAUCCUGCUGCUCGUAAAAUCAAUGUGGCCAAGUUCCAGCAUAAAAAGGUAAAGGUCCUUAUUGUGACUGACCUUGCGGCUAGAGGGAUUGACAUACCACUACUGGACAAUGUCAUCAAUGUGAACUUCCCUGCUAAAUCUAAGCUGUUUGUGCAUAGAGUGGGAAGAGUAGCCAGGGCUGGCAGGGAGGGUUACGCUUUCUCUCUUGUGGCUCAGGAUGAAGUCCCAUUUCUUCUGGACUUGUUUGUUUUCCUAGGGAGGUCACUGAUUCUAGCAUCCUCACACAAAAUCUUAACAGAUAAGGAUGGUGUACUGGGAGAUGUUCCACAACUGGUUAUUGAUGAAAUGGAGGAACAACUGAGACUUUGGCACACUGAUCAAAUUGAUUUGGUAAAUAUGAAGAAGGUCAUUGGAAAUGCCUUGAAGAAGUACCUGAAGUCACGCCCUUUGCCGGCAAAGGAGUCAAUCAAACGAUAUAAACAGAUUCUUCAGGCCUCUGGCAGCAUAGGAAUACACCCUGUGUUUGCAUCUGAAUACAGCACAGAGGAACAGGAGAGAAACAGUCUACUGAAUGCUCUCAAGUCUUACAAGGGACACACUACAAUUUUUGAGACCAAUACAUCAUCCAAGAACAGAGGCUUUGAUGUGAUGAAGCAGAAGAGAGCCUUUCAUCAGACAACCAUUCAUAAAAGAAAUGAGCAGAUGUCAGAAUCCAUGGAGAUGGAAGCAGACGACAGUGAUGGAGCAGAGUCAGAGCAAGAGAUGGCAGAUGAGGACAAUGUACAGGAAACAUUCCAAACUGUCAUAGGAGGGAAACGAAAGGCCAGCAACAGGGUGUUUGAUCCUGAGAGAAAAAAGAAACAUAAAAGAGAAAACAUAAGAGAUGAAGAAAAUUACUUGCAUUAUCGUCCCAAAGAUUUUCAGUCUGAGCUUGGAUUGAGUCUGGGAACUUCUUUUGACAAGGAGGCAUCAGGAGCCAUGUUAGAUUUGUGUGACGAGAUUAACAAAGCCAAAACUACAGCUCCUACAAGAUGGGAUAGAAAGAAGAAGAAAUUUGUCAGCACUAAUGAACAGGCAGCAAACAAGAAGAAGAUCAGAACAGAGAGUGGGGCGCUAAUAUCAGCCUCGUACAAAUCUCGGGCUUACAAAGACUGGCUAAAUAGAAACAAAAUGGCUACAGCUAAUGAGAGUGGAGAUGAAGAGGAAGAAAUUAGCAAUAAGAAGGGGGAACCAGACAACAGCUACAGGUUAAAGGUCAUAGGAACCAAGCGAAGAAACUGGCAUACAAAAGUCAAAGAAGAUAACAACAAGAAAGGAAAUCGAGGAGAGUUGAAGCACCCAGAGCAAAUCCUCAAACAGCGAAAGCUGAAAGCCAAAAAACAAGCAUUUCAGAAAAACCGACACAAACAAAAACAGUCUCGCAGAAACUUCAAAGCUCAGAGAGCUAAAAAGAAACAUUGAGAGCAAGCAUUAUUUGUGUUUUGUUGUUAUCGUAUUAAAAGUUUGGCAUAC